AUGAAUCAUUUGGGUGGUGAGAUUGACGAUGUGGAUGAAUGUUCAAGGUUGGCUGUACAAGAUGAAAGUAGUUUUGAUAUGAUGCCCAGUUCUACCAAGUCGAAUCUUGAGGGUUUCAAAGCAUUUAAGCGACAAGAGGAUGAAAGAAAAACGAUGUAUUUGGAACAACAUUUAGGUGAAUUUUGUAUUAGUUGUGGUAUAAAUGAAAAAGCCGUAAAUAGCUAUUUAGAUGAGGGAAAAAAGCAUACGGAUGUAGUUUAUGUUGUAAGCACAAAUGAUUGUAAGAUAUGUAUCGACUACGGGUGUAUCUUGUGA